GCGACUGCGCGCGCCUAGAGGUUCGGUGGGGUCGUCCUUUCCGGCGUGAACCGCUACCGCUAGACCCGCUCUCGCUCGUCCGCGGCUUCCGACCCGGGGUCAGAGGGGAAGCGGCGCGAUGACGGACCGCUACACCAUCCACAGCCAGCUGGAGCACCUGCAGUCCAAGUACAUCGGCACGGGCCACGCCGACACCACCAAGUGGGAGUGGCUGGUGAACCAGCACCGCGACUCCUACUGCUCCUACAUGGGCCACUUCGACCUUCUCAACUACUUCGCCAUUGCGGAGAACGAGAGCAAAGCACGAGUCCGCUUCAACCUGAUGGAGAAGAUGCUGCAGCCCUGCGGCCCGCCGGCCGACAAGCCCGAGGAGAACUGAGGCCCCGCCGUGUCGCCGCCGUGCGGAGCAUCCCUGCCCGCCUUGCCCCCGCUCGCCGCCGUUCCCGCGCGCCCCCGCCCCGAGUGGACCGGUUCUCCGCGUUUCGCGCUCCGCGUGCCCUCCUUGUGCGGAAGCGCCGACCCGGGGCGGCCCGCCCGGCCUGCCUUCGUGCAAACCCUGCCGCGCACAGCGCUGGGAGACCGUCAGCACCGCUGGGAACUGUGACCCUGAAGAGACCCUAAAGCCAGCCGGCGUCGGGGGAGGCGGCACUGGAGGGAGACUGAGUUCGGAGGCCCGUUUUUGGCUAGUUGAUUGUCGUUGUUACUUUCUCCAUAAAAUUCAGAAAUUU